GGCUUCAUAAGCUUCCUGCGUGUAGCUAUCCAAGGAUAUGAUUUCCUCAUCUUCCAGAAUGAAGCAUGGUCACCAUCUCCAAAGGGUGAAAGAGAGGCCUAGAAAGCCUGCAGAAUACUCAAUCAGAGCCAAGACAACAAAUAGGGUACAUUGGCUCCUCAGCGACAACUGUCCACAUUUCACUUUGGGUCUUCUGGAUGCAGGGAAGACUCAUCUUCAGCGACAAGCACCUCAUAGUGCCCUGGGCUGGAUCCUUUCAGCUGUGAUAGUGGCCCUGGCUCUUCUGACAGGUCUUGGAUUUUGGUUUAGGAAGCGCUGGACACAUUGUGAAGCUCUCUACAGUGCUGUCCCUUUGAAGUGAGGACCCAGCUACCCAGGUGCCCAGUCUACACCUGAACACCACAUUAUGAUGACAUCACUUCAACUCUUCUUGUGAAACCUUUGUAAUUUAUCUGGUUCAUGAUUAAUUACCAAUAUAUGCUCAAUGUAA